AUGUUCAAUUUAGGUUUUGGUUUAGGAUUUAUGGUUUCUGUUACGAUCUUUGUCGGAUUUUUCCACCACAACUUUCUUCCUCUCAUCCAACAUAACUGCUUUUUUAAUUUUUAUAGUCUUGUGGCACUGACCGUAAUUUCUAUGGGUUUUUGUGGCAUUUUCACCAGUUUUGGACUCUAUAUGCUUCCUAGAAAGAGAGCUGCUGCUAAUGAAGAAGUAGUUAUAGCUGACCCUGAAACCACCGCCACCAUCACCACCACCACCAACAGCACAGCUUCAUCAUCCUUCAAGAAGCAACGCCUUGAUAGCUGCAUCAUCGCCGCCACUGCUAACGACUCAACGGCUGAGAUUGGUGAUAAUAGUGCAAUUAUAGGAGGCAACAGCGACCAGAGUAACAGUAGAGUUGUUGAAUCUUCACCGACGAUCAUGGUUCUUGGUGAUGCGAAUCACACUGAAAUCGAUGAGGAUCUCCACAGUCGGCAGCUGGCCGUCUAUGGCCGUGAGACUAUGAGGCGGCUUUUCGCAUCGAAUAUUCUUAUUUCCGGGAUGCAGGGUCUUGGAGCUGAGAUUGCAAAGAAUCUCAUUCUUGCUGGUGUCAAGUCUGUGACCUUGCAUGAUGAAGGGGUGGUGGAGUUGUGGGAUUUGUCCAGUAACUUUGUGUUUUCCGAGAGUGAUGUUGGUAAAAACAGGGCUCUUGCCUCUGUUCAGAAGUUGCAAGAGCUUAACAAUGCUGUGAUCAUUUCCACCUUAACAACAAAAUUAACCAAGGAACAACUUUCUGACUUCCAGGCUGUUGUAUUUUCUGAUAUCAGUUUUGAGAAAGCCAUUGAGUUUAAUGAUUACUGUCAUAGUCAUCAGCCUCCUAUCUCUUUCAUCAAGGCUGAAGUUAGAGGUCUCUUUGGUUCUAUAUUUUGUGAUUUUGGACCUGAGUUCACUGUAGUUGAUGUUGAUGGAGAGGAUCCUCAUACGGGUAUAAUUGCAUCCAUUAGCAAUGACAACCCAGCACUUGUAUCUUGUGUUGACGAUGAAAGACUUGAGUUUCAAGUUGGAGAUCUUGUUGUCUUCUCUGAAGUUCAUGGAAUGACAGAACUAAAUGAUGGGAAACCAAGGAAGAUUAAGAGUGCAAGGCCAUAUUCAUUUACUCUUGAGGAGGAUUCUACCAAUUUCAAUAUGUAUAUUAAAGGCGGUAUUGUUACACAAGUGAAACAGCCUAAGGUGUUAAAUUUUAAACCAUUAAGAGAGGCUCUCAAAGACCCUGGUGAUUUUCUGCUGAGUGAUUUCUCAAAGUUUGACCAUCCACCUCUGUUACACUUAGCAUUCCAAGCACUGGAUAAGUUUGUCUCUGAUUUGGGACGUUUUCCAAUUGCUGGUUCAGAAGAAGAUGCCCAUAAGCUUAUUUCUAUUGCUGGUAACAUUAAUGAGAGUUUGGGAGAUAGAAGGGUGGAAGAUAUAAACCCGAAACUUUUGCGGCACUUUGCUUUUGGUUCCAGGGCUGUACUGAAUCCCAUGGCUGCCAUGUUUGGUGGAAUUGUUGGACAAGAGGUUGUCAAAGCAUGCUCUGGAAAGUUUCACCCUCUCUUUCAGUUCUUUUAUUUUGACUCAGUGGAAUCACUUCCUACAGAGCCUCUGGACCCUAGUGAUUUCAGACCAUUAAAUAGCCGUUAUGAUGCACAAAUUUCAGUGUUUGGGUACAAGCUCCAAAAGAAACUGGAGGAUGCAAAAGUGUUUAUUGUGGGAUCUGGUGCGCUAGGUUGUGAGUUUCUAAAAAAUAUUGCUCUAAUGGGAGUUUCAUGUGGUGGCCAAGGAAAGCUGACCAUCACUGACGAUGAUGUAAUUGAGAAGAGCAAUCUGAGCAGGCAAUUUCUUUUCCGGGAUUGGAAUAUCGGCCAGGCCAAAUCCACAGUUGCUGCUUCUGCUGCUGCAUCCAUAAACUCUCUUUUAAACAUUGAAGCUUUGCAAAACCGUGUGGGUCCUGAAACUGAAAAUGUGUUUGAUGACACCUUCUGGGAGAAUUUAACCGUGGUUAUUAAUGCAUUGGAUAACGUCAAUGCUAGGCUUUAUGUUGAUCAGAGGUGCUUAUAUUUCCAGAAACCACUUCUUGAGUCUGGAACCCUAGGUGCUAAAUGCAACACACAGAUGGUCAUUCCUCACCUCACUGAAAACUAUGGUGCUUCAAGAGACCCUCCUGAGAAACAAGCUCCCAUGUGCACUGUGCACUCAUUCCCUCACAAUAUUGACCAUUGUUUGACAUGGGCUCGCUCUGAGUUUGAGGGUCUGCUUGAGAAAACUCCUGCUGAAGUGAAUACUUAUUUGUCUAAUCCAGUUGAAUAUAAAACAGCACAAAGGAAUGCCGGAGAUGCUCAGGCUAGGGAUAAUUUGGAACGUGUUCUUGAAUGCCUUGAGAAAGAAAAGUGUGAGACAUUCCAGGAUUGCAUCACUUGGGCUCGUCUAAGAUUUGAAGACUAUUUUGUGAACCGUGUAAAGCAGCUGAUUUAUACGUUCCCUGAAGAUGCUGCAACCAGUACUGGGGCACCCUUCUGGUCUGCCCCAAAAAGAUUCCCUCAGCCACUUCAGUUCUCAGCAGCUGAUUUGAGUCAUCUGCAGUUUGUUAUGGCUGCUUCUGUCCUGCGGGCUGAAACAUUUGGCAUUCCCAUUCCUGAAUGGAUUAAGCAACCUAAGAUGUUGGCUGAGGCUGUUGAGAAAGUGAUGGUCCCAGAUUUCCAGCCAAAGAAAGAUGCGAAAAUUGUAACGGAUGAGAAGGCUACUACUCUCUCUAUUGCAUCUGUAGAUGAUGCAGGAGUUAUCAAUGAGCUCAUCUACAAGUUAGAGCUUUGCACGGAAAAUUUAGCUCAAGAGUUCAAGAUGAAACCUAUUCAAUUUGAGAAGGAUGAUGAUACGAACUACCACAUGGAUCUGAUAGCUGGGCUUGCAAAUAUGAGGGCCAGGAACUACAGCAUUCCUGAGGUGGAUAAGCUCAAAGCCAAGUUUAUUGCUGGAAGAAUCAUCCCAGCAAUUGCUACCUCCACAGCUAUGGCCACAGGUCUUGUCUGCCUAGAGCUUUACAAGGCUCUGGAUGGAUGCCACAAACUGGAGGACUACCGUAACACUUUUGCAAACCUUGCACUGCCUCUGUUCUCUAUGGCGGAGCCAGUUCCACCCAAAGUCAUCAAACACAGUGACAUGAGCUGGACUGUUUGGGACCGGUGGAUCCUGAGAGAUAACCCAACUCUGAGGGAACUCAUUCAGUGGCUGAAGGAUAAGGGGUUGAAUGCCUACAGCAUAUCUUAUGGAAGUUGCUUGCUAUAUAAUAGCAUGUUCCCUCGGCACAGAGAGCGAAUGGACAAGACGAUGGUAGAUCUAGCCCAGGAAGUGGCAAAGGCUGAAUUGCCUCCAAAUAGAAGGCACCUGGAUGUUGUCGUGGCUUGUGAGGAUGAUGAGGACAAUGAUAUUGACAUUCCUCAGGUAUCAAUCUACUUCAGCUAGGUUGGGUUUUUUUUUUCUCACCCGUUGCUGCGUGGGGUUGUGAUUUAGAAUAAAACUUUGACAGAGAUGUUAUAUUUUUAUAUCAAUGAGCAUACAAAUUGGAUAACUUUGACAUCCAAUAUGAUAUCUCCCCUAAUUGCUUGGGUUUCGCUUUUUCUUGACUUGCCAUUCGUCAUUUGUGUAUUUAAUAUUCUCAUUUAUCCCAUAGAACCAUAAAUUGCUUGUAUGUUUAUAAAGAUCUAAUCUUAUAUCAGAAUGCUUUGAAGAUUUGAUA